AUGUCGGGAACAGCGAUAUUAUUCGCUCUCGCUUGCGUAGCAUCUGCACUCAAUCUGCCAAGGCAAUUCAACGAUGGAGUACGACUGGCUAUUUCGCCCUCUUGCGGGACUAUCGGUGGCACCCCCGCCAAUGUCAAUGCUGGACUGCUUCCGCUGAACGAGUAUAAAAAUAUAGUCGUCUUUGGGGACGGAUACUCAAGUAAUGGCGUCACCGACGGCUCUAACCCUGCUCCCCCCGUAGUGGUUCCUCCUAGUCCCAAAGCUGGAGGGCGUAUGUCCGACGGAUAUGUCUGGACGGAAUAUCUGGCCAACGACUCCGGCGCGACCCUGAAUAAUUAUGCAGUCAGUUUUGAGCUCUGCCCCGCAGUAUUUAUUGACGUGUCGUUUGCUGCGUCAAGGUUGACGGUGCUUAUGCUGACAAGUACCAGUGGUCGAAUACAGCAGAUGCUACGGAUUCAACGAGCCAAAGCGAGUCUUCUUCUCGUUCCGCCCUGCCUCUGCUGA